ACAGCAGCAGAGCAGCACUGACUUAUCAGCCUACUCUGGAAAACUUUGAUUUCUUUCGUGCCGUUUUUGAAGACAAGCUUUAUACAUGGGGGAUACGAAGAUUACUCCUGAGGUGUUGGAGCAACUAUUACAAUUUUACAAUCUUACUCGUCAGGAGUUUAUUGAGACGUAUCAGAUUCAGCCGUUGGUUUACAUCCCUGAGUUACCGGCCAGCGCCAAAACUACAUUUGUUAUUGUGUACACGCUGAUUUUUCUCCUGGCUCUCAUUGGCAAUAGUCUGGUUGUCUAUAUUGUCUUAAGAAAGCGCGGGAUCCAGACUGUCACAAAUAUUUUCAUCUGCUCUCUAGCCGUCAGCGACCUCCUGAUAUCUUUCUUCUGCAUCCCAUUCACUCUGCUGCAAAACAUCUCCUCUGAAUGGUUCGGAGGUGUGUUGGUGUGCAAAACAGUUCCCUUUGUUCAGACCACUGCUAUUGUGACUGGCAUUCUCACAAUGACCUGCAUUGCUGUGGAGAGGUACCAGGGGAUUGUACACCCUCUGAAAAUCAAAAGACAGUGCACUCCACAAAGAGCAUACAGAAUGCUCGGGGUUGUCUGGAUUAUAGCCAUGAUGGUUGGAUCUCCAAUGCUCUUUGUUCAACAAUUAGAGGUGAAAUAUGAUUUUCUAUAUGAUCUCCAUCAUGUUUGCUGUCAGGAGCGCUGGAGCUCGAGUGCCCACAGGAAGCAGUAUGCAACCUUCAUUCUAGUGUUCCUCUUCCUCCUGCCUCUUGCAGCCAUGCUGCUACUUUACACCAGAAUUGGUAUUGAGCUCUGGAUUCGCAAACAAGUUGGAGAUUCUUCAGUCCUCAAUACCAUGAACCAAAGGGAGGUCUGCAAAGUAUCCAGAAAGAAGCGAAGGGCCAUCAAGAUGAUGGUCACCAUUGUUGUGCUGUUUACUGUCUGCUGGGCCCCUUUUCAUACGGUUCAUAUGCUGUUUGAAUACAGUUACCUGAACAAAACGUAUGAUGACAUCACAGUGAAUAUGAUUAUUGCUGUUGCACAGGCCAUAGGAUUUUCAAAUUCAUUCAACAAUCCUAUUAUUUAUGCUUUUAUGAAUGAGAACUUCCAGAAGAACUGCAUGUCCACCUUUUCCUUUUGCGUUAGGCGGUCCAGUCAACGUGUCGAUGUUAAGGACAAAUCGAUAAAGGACAAGGUACUUUUUUGUAAGUCUGCCAGACAAGAAGAAGACGUCUCUGUCGUGCCUAGAAUACAUAUAGUUGCUCAAGUUCAAUCUGCAAGAUCAAACAUGCAAACAUCUCUGCCAUUUCUGGAGGAGAGAAUCUGCUGAGAGCAAUAGGAUACAUGUAUGAGAUAAGAUGUAUGAGAUGUAUCUAUCUAUCUAUCUAUCUAAUGUAUCUAUGUAUAUACUGUUCAAAAGUUUGGGGAUUUUUUUAAUGUCUUUUAUCUUCACCAAGGCUGUAUUUAUUUACUCAAAAUACAGUAUAAACAGUGUUAUUGCAAAAUAUUAUUACAAUUUAAAAUAACUGUUUUAUAUUUUAAUAUAUUUUAUUGUAAUUUAUUAAAUAAAUGUAAUUAAUUCCUGUGAUGGCAGAGCUGAAUUUGCAGCAUACAUUACUUCAGUCACAUGAUCCUUCAAAAAUUAUUCCAAUAUCCUUAUGGAGUUCAAGUAAGUUUUAUGUAUGUAUUUUAUUUAUUUAUUUAUUUGUUGUUUAUUUAUCAAUGGUGAAUAGUUGUGCUCCUUAAUAUUAUUGUGCACUGUAAUACCAUUGUUCAGGAUACUUUCUUAUAGAACAUUCAGAAAAACAGCAUUUAAAAAAAAAAGAGGAAAUCUUUUGUCUUUUUUCUCCAAGACUGUGACAGACCAUUACAUUUCUGCAAAUGGCAA